UCAUGUGACGUUUGUCUUUCUCUGUCAGAUUUACUUCAAUUGGUAUGAUCAUCUCUCGGUCCAUCCAUGUUGCUGCCAGUGGCAUUAUUUCAUUCUACAUUAAAUUGUUAAAAAGAUUAGCCUUGUUAAAUAUCUAACUCUGAUUGCCACCAAACCAUAAGCUCCCCCCAGGGCAGGGACAGUACUGUGUCCAGCCUGAUAUUUUCAGAGCCCAGCCUUGGACACAGCACAUAGACUCAGCAAAUCUUUGAAAUGAGCUGAACUCAAGCUCACAGGGAAGAUGCCACCAGGCUCCGCUCUGGCGUCCCAUGUUUUGUUUCCAGCCCAGGCCUCUCUCCUAAGUUCUAAAUCCCCGUGUCCUCCUCGCCAUCUCUCCCGGACUGACCUCAGGCUCCUCGUUUAAUGCAUCCCAAACUGGACUCUGCAUCACCCCUCAAGUCUGCUUCUUAUCACCUCCCCGCCCCACCCCCAGUCCUCCAUCCAGAAUGUGAGAAUGUCCGUCCUUUGCCCUGACUCUCAGUAACUGGCUGAGGAGAGCACUUCACCCUUGUGCCUGGAUUAGCUCCAACUCCUCACCGAGACACAAUUUCUGGCCAGGCCCUCCCUGGAUCUUGUGAAACAGACCCCCUCCCCUUCUUCAUCUCUGGUCUCAAUUUAGGCUCCUCUCUGUCUGUUCCUUUAAGAGGUCACUGUCCGAACCACUUCCUGAAUCAGAUGAGUCUGCAUCUUCUCCUGCCCCAGGGGAUUGUAAGCUCCCCCUGGCCUCUGUAUAAAGUGCCCGAAGGCCCAGCUCCCAGGUCCCUUGGUACUCAAGACCUGGCUUCCAGAAAUUAGCACAACAUUGGAAAUGGACUAUACUUCAACUGAAAAAAAAGAAAGAGAGAGAGAGAGAGAAAGAAAGAGAGGGAGGGAGGGAGGAAGGGAGGAAGAAAGAAAGAAACAAACAAACAAACAAACGAAGGAACGAAGGAAUGAAGGAAGAAAAACCCAAACAAACAAAAAAGACCUGGCUUCCAGUGUGAAGCCUUCUUCACCCUUACCUAUGAUCCAAGGAAAGAUUCUGGAACAACUUCCUCUGGAACCCCGCAAAUUUCAUUCGUCUCUCCAUCAUAGUUUUAAUCCCAGGGCCAAGAGUCUGUCUAAAUUGUAUUAGUGAAGAUGGCAGAAGACAGCUGUUAAAAUUGUAAGCCCCUUCCAAAUAGCCAAAAAGUGGGAAAAAAAUCCAAAUGUCUAACAAGGGGUGAGUGGAAACAAAAUGUGAUCUAACCAUAUAGUGGCAUGUCAUUUAUGAAAGGACUGAAGCAGUGAUCUGCUACAUAAUGGAUAAACCUCGAAAAUAUGCAGGUGGGGGUGUGGGGGCUCCGGGAGGGUAUAGCUCAGUGGUAGAGCACGUGAUUAGCAUGCAUGAAGUCCUGGGUUCAAUCCCCAGUGCCUUCGCUAAAGCGGAAAAAACAUCCUAAAUGAAAGCCAUCAGACACAAAAGGUCACAUUUGUACAAAACAUGCAAAAUAUGUAAUCCUGAGGGACAAGAAGCAGAUUAGGGGCUGUCAGGGGCUUUGAGGAGGAAGGAAUGGAGAGUGACUAUUUAAUGGGUAUAGAGUGUCUUUUUGGGGGUGAUGAAAAAUGUUUUGGAACUAGGUAGAGGCAUUGGCUGCACAACAUUGUGCACAUAAUAAAUGCCACUAAAUUGUUGGCUUUAAGAUGGUUAAUUUUAUGAGAAUUUCCCUUCAUUCAAAUAAUAAUAAUAAUGAUAAUUUAAGCUCUUAAAGUCAUUCUGCCAGGAUUCAAACACCUGCUUCGCCACUUAACCUCUUGCUACUUCCACUUGCUCAUUUGUCAAGUGAGGAUGACAACGUCUCUGAACUCAUUUGGUUGUUUGGAGAAUCCAGUGAAUCCAUGCACACAAGCAUGGCGCCGUGUGCCAGGCUUGGUGAGACUGGUGACCGUCAGCUUUGGGUGCCUGGUCAGAAUGCAGCCAGCCAAAUCCUGCUGAGGUAAUCAUUCGACCUACUAAAUGACCUCUAGGUUUGAAGCUGUAGAUGUGUGGCACCCUGAUCCAGUGGGCAUUCCCGUAGUCACAGGACAAGGAUGCUGACAUGCCAGAUAGCAAAGAAAUAUAAGGCUUAUUUCAAACCUUUACAGCCAGGUUCUCUGUCAAUUCCCUGCUCCCUCACCGCCCAUUCCCAUGAGUCACCAAAUCCCUAAUCUUCCCCCUCUUCUCUGUACCAGCCUGACCUCUCUCCCCCUGACCAUUCAAAAAACCCUCCUCCUCCACCUCUGGGCUCCAGUCUCACCUCGUCCAGCCCAUCACCACCACAUUCGCAGAAGGAGCGAUACCAGCUCCAACUCAGUCCCUCCCCAGCUGAACAUCCUUCCAUGCCUGCCCCUUCCCCUCAAGAUGAACUGUCAACGGCAGUGACAGUUAUUCAGGAAUUUUCACACUCUCACCCUCAUCUAUUCUACCCACCUCUCUCAGCCACCACCUUCACACAUCUCAGCCACAUGCCUGCCACUUCCUGAAGAUCUCAUGCCCCGUCCUUUCUUUCCAAUCUUCAUUCACAUGGUUUCAUCCCACUGUAAUAUUGUCCCCUUUUCCCAUCUUUGCAGUCCAUGCUUAUCCUUUGAGAUCCGGCUCCAAUAUCCCCUCUUUAGACAAGCUACCUUCCCUGUCUACAUUCCUGCCACCCCUACCCUGCACUUUCCCGUGGAAUGGGUUAGAGCAUGGUUUAUCCGCCUCUGCACUGUUGAUAUCUGGGCAUUUGAGGUUGAAUGCUGCUCUGUCGUGGGGGCGUGUCCUGUGCAUUUCAGGACGUCAAGGAACAUCUCUGGCCUCUACCCAGGAGAUGCCAGUAACUUCCCCUGCCCAGUUUUGACAACCCAAAAUGUCUCCAGACAUUGCCAAAUGUCUGUGGGAGAGAAAAAGUCCCCAGCACCGGCUGAGAACCACUGAGUCAGAACCUCCUCCUCUGCACUUGCACAAUGCUUCAAAGAAUGGCCAGCUUUCUCCAGUUCUUCUUUUCAAAGUCACUACAAACACCAUUUCUUCACUCCUGUCAAUUCCACAACAAUUAAGUGCAUUUCUGUUUCUUUGAAUUGCAUUCAUGAGGGGAGUUUUGGGAAAUUCCUAUAUUGGCUCUUGAUUUCUUUGUUCCUCAAUUUUUUUUUUAAUUCCCAAAUUGUGUACUUACACUAUGCUAAGAAUAACAACAGGAAGAAGAUAUGGUUCCUGCCUCAGAGGAGUUCAAGUUCAUGGGGUGGGAUCUGGGGAAGGAACAGAAAUAUUUAGCCUAUUCAAACACAGUGUGAUGAGGUUCCUAUAAAGAUGAGCAUAGGGUAUUGAACAGAUAGUUACCGCUCAUUGUCUGGGGCCCCAGGGCAAGAGUUCUGACUUCUGCCUCAGGGGUGGGAAGAGACAAAAGGCUUCUCAGCUCUUUUUCCAGCUGCACCUUGAGGGAAAAGGAGGAGUUGUCUGAGCAGAGAAGAAGAAAAGCAGCCCAGGUAGUUGCAACAUCAAGUACAAAGCAAGGAGGUGGGAGAGGACCUGGCAGCUGUUUGGACAAGAGCAGUCAGUGUGCAGUAGCUGGAUCCUGGGGUGAAGGAGACAAGAAAAGCUCCUGAGAAGAAAACUGGCGCCUAAAUUUCCAUGACACCGCUCACCACUACUGAUUGGCUCAAGCCCUCAAGAUUGGUUCCACCCCCCCCUCGCCACGCCCCCCACUGGUACUUUCAGCUCCUGAUUGGCUCCGGAGGCUGUGCAUCAGUUCCAAGAGGCAGCAUAUGGAGGUCAGUCAUCCAAACCUCAGUCCUGCCCUUAGCAAGUCUGGAAAGCCCUUUGCCUCAUUUACACUCUGCUGAGGAAACAUCCAGACGGAGGUGUGCUGAAGACAAAGACUGUCCCGGAGCCCUGGGAACAAGAGACGAAGCCCGACAGCCUCUCACUUCCUCAUCCCUUCUGAACCAUACGGUCCUGGUGUCGGACCCAGUCCUGGAAAAGGCCUUGGGCCUUCCCUGCUCCUGAGGACCAUUGCUGCUGCAGAUGGUUCUGCCACGGCUGCAGCUGGCGCCGGCCAGGCUGCUCCAUUCCUCUUGUUCCUUGAAGAAGACACUGCAGUGCAGCUGCUCCUUCCAUGGGAUCCCCACGCCCUCCGUGCGGUGGUUGAUGGCAGGCCCUCCCGUGGGUGUGAACGGCCCGGACAGUGGCCUCCAGGUGACUUCCCUCAUGCUUGGCCCCUGGGCCAACAGCACCAUCAGCCUCACCGAGCAGCCAGAAAUGGGCACAAGCCUUCUCUGCGAGGGCAAGAACCCAGAGGGAACCUAUGCCUUGAGCAUCCUGCUGAUGUCAGGAAAGAGUUCUCUGGUUCCCCAGACCUUCAUGGACGGGCUGAUCCAGGGCGUUUUCUACGGAGCCAUUGCGAUUACACUGCUCUUCCUUUGCCUCGUCCCACUCAUGACCCAUUGCCCUAAGCUUCCAGGAGAAGCAAGAUAAGCUGGACCUGACGAAACCUAUGAAAACGACGUUCACACCUGGAGUCCCCACCACCUGGGAACUGCCAGCAUCCACAGCAGCUUUAGAGAGCCCUGCAACCCUGAGCUCUCGAACAGACUCGGAGCCCCGGAGUCUCCUCAGCUCACGGAGCCCUCUCAAGCCUCGUCUGUCCCUCUCACUGGCUGUCUAUUGAAUAGGGUUCCUCUUGGACCUGGUCUUUGAACCUUGGAAAGCAAACUCCACGAUCUGUUGUUUGGGUGAGCCGGAAGAAAUA